AUGGAUACUCCUGAUCGUUCAGUGACGGAAGGGAGCACUGCGCCCUCCAUUAGAAUCGAGCCGAGAUUGAAUGAUCAUACUUCAACAACCCGCAAAUUACAACCCAAAUACAAUGCCACUGACGACAAUAGCGGCAACAAAAACAAAAGCACCAGCUCACUUGAAAGAUUAGUGGACUCAGGGUCAUAUAUAGAUCACAGAGCACACAACGACUUGGCUCAUUUGCACUCAUCGCCUGCCAGGACUAGACGCCGGUCAUCAAAUGCAAAUGUGUUCAAAAGAAAUAGCACAACUGGGAAAAAGGGUGGCAAUGGCAAUGGCAAUGGCAAUGGCAAUGGCAAUAGCAAUAGCAAUAGCAAUGACAACGAUGACAACACUGAAUCAGCCAAGUUCAAGCCUAAAGGUCCGACACACUACGCCACUGCCCCAACCUUACCACUAACCAACAGAAACCUACAACUGUUGUUGCGGAGCUCAUCGUCUGGCGGUGGGGCAGACGAAGAACAAGAGGCUGUUUCUCCAACAGGAAUAUCCGUCGAUAUGGAUCAGUUUGCACACGAACAGAGACAGCUUGCUAGAUCACAGUCUUGGCAUAACCCUUUUGGCAAGGACGAGAAUGAUUUGAGUCCUGGCUCGCCUGGCCAUUAUGCUAAUAUAAACUACAAUGACAAUGGAGAUGAUGCAUUCUCGGUAAAUUCGAUGGAAUUUGGUGAGUCCAAUCCAUCAUCUGAUCAUUCAAGUGACUCAACUUCAUUGGAUGACGUGUGCUACUAUUCAUAUGACCGAGAGGAUGAGAAACGUGAUGAAUGGCCCAAUUUAAAAGUUAUGGAAGAAUAUGUGGUUGAAGAGUUGGAGGAGAUGGAGAGGGAAAAAGACCAUGAACGAGAGAUUGAUCAAGUUGUGCAAUCUGUCAAUUUUGGAAAAGAUGUAAUUCAUGAAGGCAAGGGGAAUUUGCAAUCGCCCAGCAACAAAUACUCGCCACCACGGCCUCCAGCAUCUGCCUUACCAGAAGAAGCACUCGAUGAGGCGGCAGUUGAUGAAGAAACUCCACUUGUUGAUAGCUUUAAAGUUAAUGAACUUGAAUCAUUAGAGUCACUAAACGAUUCAUUUAGAGUCAGACCCACGCCAACACAUCCAUGGGAGAAAUCAAAGGACCAGAUCCCCACUAUUUUGAACAAGAGACAACCACUGUCGCAAGCUCAAAAGACAUUGAAGGGACAGAAAAAGGGAGAAUUGUGUCGAUUCACAUACUUUAGAGAAGACUUAGCGGAAACUAUUCAUGCCCCCACCAUAUGUGGAUUGCUUAGCGAUGAUCCCGAAGAAUCAAUCUAUGAUAGAUUAGUUGAACUUUUCAGACCGGGUGAAAAAUCAACGUCAGUCAGUGGAUCAACUUCAACCCACCACCAAUCCCAUAAACAACAAGACUCAAUGUCGUCAAGCAAUAACAAUUUGCAGCCAACUCCUAAAGCAUCAAGAGUCGGCAACGAGAGCCCAUUACCUGCAUCUAGUGGAGACUCAACAAGUCUCGAACCUUACUGGCUCGACAUUUUAGAUCCCACUGAGGAAGAGAUGAAGGUUAUUUCACGAACUUUUGGUAUUCACCCAUUGACUACGGAGGAUAUUUUCCUUGGCGAAGCUAGAGAGAAGGUUGAGCUUUUCAAAAACUAUUACUUUAUCUGUUUUACUUCGUUUGAUGUCGUUUAUGAACGUCGCAAACAAAAGGCAAAAGAGCAGGAGAAGAGGUAUAACAAAUUGCAAGAAAUGUAUGAAAAUAGUUCCGAUACUUCAAGUUUGUAUGGGCAACAUCAAAAGAGCGGACUAGCUUCCAAGUUGCCACGUUUGUUUGGUUCUUUCUUGAAAAAGAAAAAGACAAAGCCACCUUCGAUCCAUGAAAAGCCAAUCUCCACUUCAGUUAGAUCGAGAGGUAAAAAAGUCCGAGAGGGUGAAUUGCUGCCUUUGAACAUGUACAUUAUUGUAUUCAAACAUGCAGUUAUUACUUUCCACUUUUCCGCCACGCCACAUCCCAUCAAUGUGCGAAGAAGGGCAAGAAUGUUGAAGGAUUACUUGACAGUGUCUUCAGAUUGGAUCUGUUAUGCAUUGAUUGAUGAUAUCACCGACUCAUUUGCACCCAUGAUUGAAACUAUUGAAACUGAAGUGAAUUCAAUCGAAGAUGCCAUUUUACGCAUGCAUUCUGGGGAACAUGAUGAUUCUGACGAUUCCGAUUCUGAAGAUGAAGGUUCAACACAUAAUCAUCAUCGCAGCCAAAGCCAUCGUCAUCACCAUCAUCAUCAUCAUCGAUCAUCUCAAGAGCCGCACGAAAAUGUAUUUGUCUGGCGGAAAAGAUCGAAAUCAACAGUUGAUCCCAACAACACUGGCUUUUUAAAAUCAACAGACACCAGACAAGUACCAAAGUCAAGAACCAAAUCCAAAUCAAGCUCCGCCUCCUCAUCGACCUCCGACACAGGGUCGUCGCGUAUCCUCGGUUGGAGACGCAAAGGGGAUAUGUUGCGUCGUAUUGGAGAAUGCCGUAAACGAGUCAUGUCAGUACUCCGUCUCCUCAGCUCCAAAGCUGACGUCAUUAAGGGCUUCAGUAAACGAUUCAAUGAUUUGGACAACACCACAAUCGAUCGCCAUCAACUGGAAAUCGCCAUGUACUUGGGCGAUAUCCAAGACCACAUCUACACAAUGAUUGGUGCAUUGAACCAUUACGAAAAAUUAUUGGCCCGGUUCCAUUCCAAUUACCUUGCGCAAAUCAACAUUGACAUGACUAAAGUCAAUAAUGAUACGAAUGACAUUUUGGGAAAAGUUACGAUUUUGGGUACGAUUGUGCUUCCGAUCAAUGUGGUGACGGGGCUUUGGGGGAUGAAUUGUCUUGUCCCUGGACAAGAUUAUGAUGGAUUGGCUUGGUUUUGGAGUAUUAUUGGAGGCAUGGUUUUGUUCAGUAUUGUUGCUUACAAUUAUGCCAAAAGAGUUACUGGAUUAUAG